GUUCGGCGCGUGGCGACGUAUGACGGGAAAUCUGUGCUAGUUUUUAGAAUAAUAAUAAGAAAAUUAGUGGAUCGUAAGUGUUAUAUGGCAUCAGAUUAGUAAAAUUGGAUUAUUGUGAAACUUUGUGACAGGAAAAGGGAAAACAACACGACAAAAUGUACGGAUUCGUAAACUACGCUCUCGAGCUCCUCGUGAUGAAAACUUUUGGACAGGCCACGUGGGAAGAAAUCAAGAGAAAAGCAGAUGUCGCUAUGGAGGGUAGUUUUUUGGUGCGUCAAAUAUACGAUGAUGAGAUCACAUACAAUCUCAUCACGGCUGCCGUGGAAAUACUGCAAAUUCCAGCGGACGCUAUUUUGGAAUUAUUUGGCAAAACUUUUUUCGAGUUUUGCCAAGAUUCUGGAUAUGAUAAAAUCUUGCAAGUGCUGGGCGCCACACCUCGCGACUUUCUACAGAAUCUAGAUGCGUUGCACGAUCACCUGGGCACGUUGUACCCUGGAAUGCGGUCGCCAUCGUUCCGAUGCACGGAGAGGCCGGAAGAUGGCGCGCUGGUCCUCCACUACUAUUCGGAUAGGCCUGGUUUGGAGCACAUUGUCAUUGGGAUUGUGAAGGUAAUUGCUGACUGUCACUUUGACACAAAAGUCGUCAUAGGUGUCGUCAAAACCAAAGAGGAAUGUGACCAUGUUUUUUUUUUCCAGACCUCCAAGAGCUAUGACUAAAAACCAUAAGAAGGUCAGAAAUUAGAUUAGAUAAUUAUAUAAUUAAAAUUUUCAGAGCCAAAAGUCAGUCCAGCUACGUUCUGCCGAGUGUUCCCAUUCCAUCUAAUGUUUGACCGGGAGCUGAAUAUCGUGCAAGCUGGACGUACUGUGUCUCGUCUCUUGCCAAGAGUCACCAGGCCUGGCUGCAAAAUUACUGAUGUUUUGGACACGGUUCGACCACAUUUGGAGAUGAAAUUCGAGAACAUAUUGGCACACAUCAAUACAGUAUACGUGCUGAAGACAAAGCCAGAGGAAAUGAACAUUACUGAUCCACACGAGGGAAUUGCUCCUCUUCGUCUCAAGGGACAAAUGUUGUACAUCCCAGAAACUGAUGUGGUCGUCUUCCAGUGUUACCCAAGUGUCACCAAUCUCGAUGACCUGACUCGGCGCGGUCUCUGCAUUGCCGACAUUCCUCUCCACGACGCUACUCGUGACCUCGUGCUGAUGUCAGAGCAGUUCGAAGCAGACUACAAGCUUACCCAGAACUUGGAGGUGCUCACUGAUAAACUGCAGCAGACUUUCAGGGAGUUGGACUCAGAGAAACAGAAAACUGACAGACUCCUCUACUCAGUCCUCCCUCGAAGCGUAGCCACGGAGCUUCGCCACCGUCGCCCCGUGCCCGCCCGUCGCUACGACCCAGUCACCCUCCUCUUCAGUGGUGUUGUUGGCUUUGCUAACUACUGCGCUAGGAACACUGACCAUAAGGGCGCCAUGAAGAUUGUAAGGAUGCUGAAUGAUCUGUACACCACGUUUGACGUGCUUACUGAUCAGAAGAGGAAUCCCAAUGUUUAUAAGGUGGAAACUGUAGGAGACAAGUACAUGGCAGUUUCUGGACUUCCGGAAUACGAAGUGGCUCAUGCUAAGCACAUCUCGCUUCUUGCACUUGAGAUGAUGGACAACUCCAAGGAAAUCACUGUAGAUGGAGAACCUGUUGGCAUCACCAUCGGUAUUCACUCCGGCGAGGUAGUGACUGGAGUCAUCGGCCAUCGCAUGCCUCGCUACUGCCUGUUCGGGAACACGGUCAACCUGACCAGUCGCUGUGAGACCACGGGCGUUCCGGGGACUAUUAAUGUCAGCGAGGAUACUUACAGUUACCUGAUGCGUGAAGAUAACUACGACGAGUCCUUCAAACUGACCUACCGCGGCCACGUCUCCAUGAAGGGAAAAGCCGAGCCUAUGCAGACCUGGUUCCUUGAAAGGAAGAAAGUCUAAUCACCAAAUUAACAACGUACAGCCUCUCCCUCCUUCCCGCUGAAACUACCGCCCACCCGCUCUCGACCUCACAGUUACCGCCUGUCUAGAACGCGACCAGUCUUAUCUCACUCAUACAAGCAUGGCACGCGUUCGACGCGACCUUAGACUGUGUGCGUAGGAAAGCGCUUUUUUCAUACAUUUGAUCGCCAUUGUCUGAGGUGUGCCUAGAGGAGAUCCUCAUACUUCAUAACUACAUAAUUUUAUGUAGGUAGUAUAAAAUAAAGUCGCUGUCCCCAUGUAUGCUUAGAUCAUUCAAAUCAGCAACAGAUUUUGUUGCGGCACGGUUUUUUUUUAGUAAACAGAGUGAUUCAAGAAGGUUUAAGGUUUAUUAGUACCCAUGCAAAGUCAGGGAUAAUCGCUAGUCUACAAUGAAGAUGAGGAAUUAAAAAAAUGUGCA